UUCAGCACUAAACACAAAGUCAAAACCAAAUUUUAUUUAUUUUGAUUGCCAGGACCAUGGGCAAGCACAGAAAUGCGGCACAAGAUGCCGUUUUCGUUGCGUUCAUGGAGCGACAUCCAAUUAUUGCGAAGAAUUACUUGAAAGGGGACAAGCAGGCGGCGGAAGAGGCCUGGAAAAGGCUUUCAAAGGAGCUAAACAAUGUUGGACCACCGUUGAAGGAUACUAGCCAAUGGAAACGAGUGUGGAAGGACUGGAAGAGCUGCAUCACCAAGAAGAUCACCAACAACCGUCUGGAGGACUCCAAGGUCAGUGGGAAGUGGUCGUUAUACGAGGACACUCUUACGCCGCUGGAGGACGCGGUUGCCGUGAUUGGAGACUUAUAUGACAUGGCCGACACCAUUGUAGAAGCUCGGCCCAACCCGAGAUCUUCAGACAUGUCCAACAGCAGCGUUUCGUCAUCGUUACGGAACAUAAAAAUGGACCAGGACGACUGUCCGCUUACGGAUAAGGAGGACUGCGAGGAAGAGGAGGAGGAAGACGAUGAAGAAGACUGCGGCAAUCCAAUCAGUGUUCGGAAUAUGAGACCCGACCGGCGUCUUAACACCAGCACCACUCGGACGACACCAAAGAAGAGAAAGCAUUAUGACGAAGAUGAGCUUCCUCUAGAGCAGCACACCACCGUUCCCGUGCUGAUGGACAUAGCCAAGGAGUUGAGGGAUCUGAGUCGACAAACUCGCCUAAACGCUCAACGGAGCGAAGCUAACACGCAGGCUUUGCUGGCCCUUGGCACUCAGAUUUCAGACUUAAUGCAACAGCAGCUCAAGGAACGGAAGCGUCUUAACGUUAUUAUGGAGAAAUUUGUUUUAAAAAUGGAAUCAGCUGAAUAG